AUGGCCGACACAGCUAGGAGGCAAGUAUCUUGCGCGAUCUUUUUUCAAAGUAUUUUCAGAUUAGGAAGUUGCUCGUCCUCGAUCCACUGGGUCCUUUGUCGUAUUGUGUUUUCCUUCGGCGCGGGCGUUCAGGAUAUGCGCGCGGAUUUUUUAUUUUUUUUACCAGUUUCUUUCUUGUCUUUUGUUCCGUUAAUUUAACGAGCUACUGUUUUUCUCACCUAGGAAAGGCACUGAUCUGACGGUUAGAAUGGCAGGAAAAGUAACUGCAGAGGGAAAUCCGAUUGUUGUUUCUUCGGGAAGUAGCUCGAAGGCGACAGUCGGUUCACCAACUGGCGAUGGAGUGCGCGAUGUUCGCGACGACCGUAGUUGGAAAGCUUAUGUUUCACAGAUGGAUUCUACCUUAGCAAAUUCGCUACUGGUGAACGGAGAGGACUUAAGUAUGGCGUCCAAUCUUGGGUUUUUGUACGACUAUUACGAAGUCACCGAGGAGUCAAACCCAGCACCCCCUUCUCCUUCUAAUCAGGGGUACGUUUUUUUACGCCAUGUUUGGUUUAGAUAGUGACACAAAUCCUGUAUAACUCAUCGCAGUGUAAGGGACCGAUCAGAACUGUUUAUCGUUAGCCUUUUUUUAUAUCCCAUGUGGUUAAUAAAACCUGGCGAACCAAAAGGUGGAUUGAUGAAUGUAAGCUUUUACGCUUGCUUUGUUGUUAAGCUUAUAUAACAUUUUUUUUGAAUAGAAGUCGCUGUAGGUUUUUUCCUCUCGAUCAUUAAAACCAGUAGUGUUUUGAUGUGUCAUAAUAAACUGUACGCGUCGAUGGAUCAUGUUUUGACAAAUACUUUUUUGUUGUCAGGAAAAAGGUAUUUACUUUCUGAUCCGUACAUUUAUAUUUUAUGUCCCGCUUUGAUUCAAGAUGUUGAGCCAAGUUCAUGUAGUUUUACUUUUUAUUACAUAAUAUUUUAUGCAUAGGAACAGGAAACACGCAUCACGAGAGGCAAGUCUAAGUGACACUUACAGACUUAAUAUUUGCCUGUGGAGAUGUUACAAAAUUUAUUUAUCCAAACAUCUUCUGAAGGUUUAUUGAGUUAGACCAUGUGUGCAUUUGUAGGUGACAUAGGUUAUCAUUGGUUCAAACCUUGGAAAGCGCUCUCCGCCAGAUAAAAAUCUGUCCAGUGGAUUACGCAAUAAUAUUGAUUUCCCUAAUACUUAUCCACUGGAUAGUGAUUUAUCCAGUGAAUAGCGCUAUCCAAUGUUUGAACAACCGGGGCUAGGAUGGUAAAGGACAGGAGACGUCAAAACCUUGUGUGACAAGCAUGACAGUAAUUAUGUUUGAAAAAAUUUUCUGUCAAACUUCCUUGUAAUAAAUCUUUUUGUAAAAGACCAGAACACAGUCAUGUUAAGUGCAUCCUUGGAGACCCAAGGGCAGUCAGUGGGGCUGGGAGAAAAGGUGGGACAAAAGUUUUCAAGCGUGGGUGGAAGAGCCCCUGGGUACUGACUCUCACCAGACCAUUUCCAAAGGGUCAAGCGAAUGCUGGCUCCUGAUUUGGCACAAAAAUGCUUUGUAUUAUUGUGCCCAAUCGGCAAAUAGGAUCUCCUGAGUUAUUCUCAUGAGUUCGUACACGACAGCUAUUGACUCGAUCACGGCUUGUCUGGUUCAUGCACCAAAGAAAUGCAUGUAGUCAGGAAACUUUCUGUUUGAUAUAAACUCCCCAUUUCAAAGUACUGCCUACCCUAAAACUAAAACAAGGAAACGUAUUUAAGGGUAUUUUUAUUACAACAGGUAUUCACAAUUACGUAAAUAUUAGGGAGUUUAAGAUGCGACGAUAGCUGAUGAUCUCAAAAAUGUCGCUUGAAAAGUGAAUUCGCGUUUUUUCAGUCUCUAUCGUGAUUAUUCCAACACGCUUACUUUGACCUGACUGACUGCCCCUGGGUCUCCGAGGAUAUGAUAAGGGAAGAUCGCAGUGAAACACGCAACUAGUAGCCCUGUCAUGUUACUUGCACACAGAUUUUCUGCCUUUCUCUUCUUUCUACUGUCCUAUUGGAUAAGUGAACUACAGUGGUAGCUCUCUUAAUGGACACUGUCGUAAGCAGAUUGGACAGUUCUACUUACGGCCGCGUUCACAAAACCCUGUUACUCUCAACUCCCAUACAAACUCUACAUUUUUACAUUUACCAGUUAUGGACACUUUUUGCGUGUUCGAAGGGUGUCCUCUUACAAGAGCUCCCACCGUACAAUUAAAGCAGACCUCUUGCAUAAACUAGUCCUGUGCUAUAGGACACAACUUUCUUUGCAUGGGGUCACUUUUUUCGUUUAUCUAUACUGACCAAGAGCCUGGCACAGGCCACGUUAAGGUUGCCCUUAAAGUACAAGGCAGAUGAGGUAGUCUGCUUCCCAGAGGCUCAUACAAUCUAUCUUGGAACUGUAUAUUCCUAUAGUACAUCUGGGGGGAACAGUGGACAGGCAAAUUCAUCAGCUGGAAACAAUCACUCUCAAGGAGCAAACAGUGAUUCUGAUUCUGGGAGUCCAUCACAAUCUGAGGUAAGCCAUUAGAAAUCAGCUUGGGAAGCUCUUCAGGUUCUUCCAUGGGUCCAAACAAGAAGGUCACAUCAUGCUGAUCACUGCAUCCUAUGCAAAGAGUGCAAACUAAGAUUAGUCGUGACAAGGGACCAUAAAAGAAUAACUAAAGCUACAGUGUGCAGUGUGUAUUUUUUCAAACCAUGUUAAAUUUGACACCUUUCAUAAUGUUAACAAGGCUGUGCUUUAACAGCACCCGGUGGCCCAUGGUGCCUAACUUUUUCUCCUGGGUGAAUAGAAAAUCUAAGAGUCAGUUAUUUAAAUGAAGUCUUUGGACCUCCAGAUCUUGUCCUUAGCGGUUUAUUUUAAGAAUAGAAAUGUUUUUCUAUUCUACGCCUUAUGCCUUCAAGCAACUUUUCAUGAUAAAUAGUGUUAAGAUAAAAGCAUAAGGUAAACUGAAAAUGACUUAAAACAUGGUUUUGUUAAACACUGGCUAAACUCUGUGUAAUAACUGGCCCCAAGUUUUUUCAUAGAAGUAAUACACAGGGCACCUUGGAUUUCACAGUUUCAGAACAUUGGGCUCCCUUCAAUUUUUCUUAGAGCGCAAUUAUUUAUUUAUAAUCAUUAAAUACUAUUCUGCUUUCCUCAGCAAGCCACUCUUAGUUUUCUGCAAGCAGUACAGCAAAUUAAAAGCCCAAAGCACAGGUAAGAGUUCAGAGGUUUCUUGUGUAUCCCACUUGUGCAAAGGUCUAGCUAAUGUUUGUCAAUGUUAUCAACCUGGAACUAACGUUAACCAUUUAAGUCCCAAUAGUGACCAAGAUCAAUUUUCUCCGAACAAUAUCCAUACACUGUCAAGAGAUAAGUUAUAACAAUUAAUAAAAUGAUCACGUGAGAGAAAAUGCCCUGAUCUGUCAUCAAAUUCUCUCAAGUAAUUCCUUAAGGAAAUGCAUGGAGAUCAGUUUGGAGAAUUUGUAUGUUGAUACUGGGGCUUAAAGGGUUAAUAGCUGUUCUGUUGAGAUGAGAGAAGCUUAUUGGUAGUGAGCAAGCUCUCUGUUAGACAGUAAUUAAACAAACAAGUGUUCAACGGACUGGCUCACAUACAAAACCCAGUAGGGAAAUGUAUUAUGAUAGAUCAUUCUUAGCUGUGUUUUUGAGUGACUGUCCAUCUUUUGUUAUUUCAGUGCGUCAUCAGUCCAAAGUGACCAUGGCAACCACCAUGUUACUCCUAAACAAGAAAAAAUCCCGUCAAACAUAAAGGUACUUUAAAAAUGUGUAAUGUUUUAUUAUUUUUAUUUGUGAUGCGAUAAAACUUUUUCUGGUUGUAGUUGUGCUUAAUUUCAUUGGUGAUUUGUACAUAGCAUUUCACUUCUAUUUGUUUUUUUUAAUUUUCUCUUCUUCAGGCCAUUGCCAUAGGGCAACAAAUUAAAGUACAGCCAAGGUAAAAUUAUUUUCACUAUGUUAGUAUUUUUUGUUUAGAUUGUAGUGGAAGAUAUUCAUUUGUCUAAGGUGUGUGCAAUUUUGUUGCCAGUUUUGUUUAAAUUUUCCUUUAUUUUUGCUCAUAGUCAUACAUUAACUUACAUAGAAACAGAGGAAAACAAUAAAUUGAACCAGUCAUGAAUAAUUUGGACGUCAACAUUAACCACCCAAGAUAAUAGAGAUCUUGAGAUACACCGUUUUCAUGUAUGGGUAUGGGUAAAUUACCCAUAUGCAUAGCCAUAAAUACGGGUAGGUUGCCUCUUACCACAGAGAAAUGGUUAGGCUACCAGUUAGAACGGUAACACCAUUAUCAUGUAUGAAAAAUAAUGGUUGCCUUUCAUAUAACCAUGUGGCAAACAUGGUCGUCUGCCCGUACCCAUAGGCAGAAACGUUUCGUCUGCAGGUCACUAUUAUCAAGGUAAACGAGUCCCACUCACAUAGUAAUGAGAAGAACUGACAUGAUAGGAGGGAGGAAGUUUAAAGAAACUGCAUCUAUAACAUACUGUAUUCAAAUCACUUGAGAUUGAUUAGCCUAAGAAAACAGCCAACAUUUUGCAACUUCACCACUGGUUUCCAUGCAAAAUGACAUCUGAGGAACAAAUGCAGAAAUUCCAUACUCAUGAGGUGUCACUACCCAGGAGCACAUUUUGGUGGGUUUCAACUUGCCACCCCAAUGCUCCUGCUUCAUUGUUAAAAAUCGUGUGCUUUUCUUUUUCACUCUUUUGUAACAGUACGUCUAGUUGUAGUCAUGCACCCAUUUCCAUUGGACGUCCGUCUUCGUACCCACCUUCCACAAAAGGAAACCCACAAGUUAGUGAUGUGUCGCCACUUUCUCUCAGCACCACACCUCCCGAGGUUAGUUUUGGUAUACACCAGGAGUCCAUAACCUGUACAGUAGCAAUAAAUGUGCAAGUACUUGUGAGACUCUGCACGGGUAUUUCGGAGGAAAUCAAAGUCCCACUCUUGAUGAGGCAAUGAUCAUAGAGAUUACACCAACAAUUGCAAUGCCUUUGCGAUCAAGUUUGACAAUGUUAAUGAUGUGCAACAACAGCAAAAAAAUGUACAAAAAGUGUGCUUUACAUUCAAAGUAUUUGUUUUGUUUAUUAAAUCAGUUCCUUUCUUUAUAUUCUUGUUUUCAUCAUCAUCAUUGUGGUUGUGCAGGCUCACUAGUGGCAAUACCAAAAAUAACAAUUACUUCUGGUAUUCAACAAUUUUGUAGAAAAACCAAUAAUUCGAUGGAAAAUGCCAGGUUACCCAUAGAGAGGUUCACCAGUGUCACAGCAUAAUCUCCAACCACUUUUGCAAGAAUGAUUUUGGUCCAAAUUUAGAAUAUGUGUUAGGUCCCACAAACCUGUCAGCAAAACCUACAGGCCUGAAAAUGGUAUUUUUUUUACCUUUUAAUGGCUUUAAGUUUUCCUUUGUGAUAUCUUAUACUUGCAAUGCACUCAUAGAGAGAGCAGAGCUUCAAUUUCUGAGGGAAAAAGUGCUCUAAAAUGAAUGAAAAAAUAAAGUGAUCCGAAAAAUGCCGUAACGUCAGCUUAGUAUGAGAAAAGCUCACUCUGAGUUAUUAUGUGCUCUUGUACGUACAGUGUUCUAGAAACUGAUCAGUAUUGGUGACAAAUUCAAUAUCAUCCACAAUUUUCCAACCACCAGUUACAUUGUUUGGUUUGUAAGUUAAUCCUAGUAUUCUUUGUGAUGUUUGUUCGUAUUUUUUGUGUACAGGCUUUUAACUUCUCUCCAUACACCCAGUCGCUGAAAUCCACACCUACAGUUUUCUCAGCUCAAGACAAGUACGUGUGACUCCUAUUAUUGUGUUUUCUAAUUCUCCUUUCCCAGUUGCUCCUGGAAUCAUUUUUACUCAAACUUUAGGAUAAAAAAGAGCAAUUACUAGGCUUACUUUUAAGAGACAUAUAUAUCUUUUUAACCUUGCAAAAAGAGGUCAUAUAUACUUAAUGAGUGAACAGCCGCUACAUCGUAUAGCUAUAUACUGCAAAAAUUAUUUGCUCACUCAUAAGUAAGAAGUUUUUGAAAAAGACAUUUGAGUGCAUAAAAUACAUAUAGUUACUGUGAAUGUUACCUUGAUUUAGGUAUACGUUCAUACUCGAAGCUCCUACGUCUAUAAUUCAAAGAAGAGGGGAUGACACCUUAACAUAUCUAAACAAAGGUAUGGCUUGAUCAGAAUGUUUGUGAUGUUCAUUAACCUUACAGAGUUUUUAUUUAUCCUCUUAACUUCUUGUUCAGUGUUAUGCUUAACUUUUUUCUUUGAAUUUGUUUAACUAUUAUAUUUUCUCUCUUGUUUAGGACAAUUUUAUGCCAUAGGCUUUGAGGGAAAUGUAGAUCCUCCUUCCACAGAUGGUGACAUUCAGAGAGUCAAGGUAUGACAUUGUUGUUCGACAAGAAGCUUAGAAUUUUUUAAAAAGUUUGUGGGAGCUACAGUAAUGAAGAGAAUUCAGUAAAUGAAAAAAAAAGGUAGAUGUUAAAACUUAUUGUAAGAUAAUUUGAAUCAAUAUCAAUGUAUUAUUGUUAGCGUUUUGUAUUCUAUACAACACAUGUGUGUUACGGGGUCUCUGAAUCUGUACAGAGCACCAAGCAAAAUCAAAAAUGACCUGAAAUGGCCUCGCAAAAUCACCUUUGUUUGUUGAUCAUAUUGGUCUCAUACUGUUAUAGUCCUGACUGAUUGUAGUGUCUGGAGUUAAACAGUUUCAAGACUGCGUUGACCACAUAAUUUUUCUUUUACAUUCCCACAGUCAUAUGUUCACUUGGUUUUCCGAGACGAGAAAGAUCCAAGAACAGAAUGUGAACACUGGCAAUACUGGCACAGUCAGCAACCAAAUCCUCAACAGCGCGCAUUUGAUAUUGGUAAGAUAAUGCUAAAAAUGCAUAUCUCGCAAACUCUCACAAUGUCCUCUGUAAAACAUUGUUGUCUUGGAAGUGUAACGCCAAAAGCAUUUCUUGAUCACCAAAAUGGUCACAAAAACAGUCACAACAAUGGCCGGCAAAUUUGUCCCUUGAUGAAAUUAUAAUGGACACCCAGAGAUACACUGUAUAUCGAAAUAUAUAUGGGCCAAGUUUGCAUACUGCUUUGAUCCAUGUGCUGCACACACAACAAAUUUACGAACCUUUGCUUGGCAAAGAAAUAUUCUCAUGCCCUGAAUCAAAUGAGACAGUAGUGUCAUUAACAUAUUGUGUAAAACCUUGCAUGUAACAAUCGUUAAUUUAUUUGUUAUUGCAUCUUAUUACUAGUGAACAUCAGAAAUAAUUAUCCUCUUCAACAGGUUUUUUUUCUGUAUGAGUUGUCAUCAAGAUCGUUACAUUCCUUAUCUGGAUAUGUUGUCAUGUGACAAAUGACUGAUUAAUGUCCGUAAUCUUGUAAUUUUGUAAUAAUUUGUAACCUAGUUAACUGUUUUACUACCUGUCUUCAAAUUCCUCCUUCAGAUCGAAAGUCAUGCCAGAAUAUUGAAGAAAAUAUCGACGAGAUAUCUUACAAUGCUGCUGGGUUUACAUGGAGCCCUCACCUGAAUGCAAAGAUAGUAAUCAGAAUUAACUGCUUGAGUACAGAUUUCUCCUCACAGAAGGGUGUCAAGGUAGGAAAUUCACCUUUUAAUUUGUUUUUUUCUCCUUUUGAGGUUCAUUGUAACGUGGCAUACCUGGGUUGGUGUAAAAGCAACUACGACUGUUUAACUGUGACAAUAGACGGAUCGAAACACACCAAUUACUGAUUACAAGUCUUCAUAGCCAGUAACAUCACGGCUUAACUGAUAGACGACCAGUAACAUCGCGACAUAAUUGACCAGUCAGAUCAAUAACCAGAGUAUAAUACCAUCAACUGACGUGAUACAACUCACUUUGACUCUGAAGGUGACUACCCCACAGGAAACGUCAGUCACUGUCAACAACAACAGUCCUAUUCAGGACUACGUUCGCCAGGAUGAUCAAACUCAACCUACUUUUGAAAAGCAAUAAAGUUACAAAUACAUUGAAACCUGUAUGAAGCAGACACGUGCACGAACCUUUGCGAGUGUACAAGUUACUUGUAGUUUUUCAAAUCACUGUACCUAACUAACAGUAUGGAUCCAUGCACCAUUUCAUCAUAACCAAUUCCACGUUAAUUUUUCUCUUUGAGCAACAAGUGAAAUGUUUCCGAUGCAAAGGCCUACAUCGAUCUAACCAAGACAGAACUUUGAGUUUCCAUUCCGCUAAAAGUCCCUUAGUUAUAGCUCCAAAAUAGGAUAUCGUAGUGUAAUAUGACAAUUUGCUGACAGUUUAAUACACCAUGAUAUUUGUGUGUUCUUUUAUAUUUCCAGCAGGAUAAAUAAUAUCAAAGUCGAACAAUCAUGUGUCAUUCAAUGAUAGCAUAGUUGUUUAUGUACUUUAAGCAUCUCGUAGUGUCCACUUGUUAAUCAAGGCUCUUCUAGAUACAUAAACUAUGCUGAAGUGAGUCUUACAAGGCUAGUUUUUUCUGAGUAAUAAUAGUUGUGGAUUGUUUUCUUGGUAGGGCAUCCCUCUUCAUCUCCAGAUUGACACUUAUGAAGACAUAAACAAUCCUGAUGCUGAACCAAUUCACAGGGCUUUCUGUCAGAUUAAAGUAUUUCGGGACAAAGUAAGUACUGAAAACAGAGAUGCCAACCUCUGGAGAUCUGAAAUCUCUCUUUUGAAUUUGGCUAAAGACCAAACUAAUGUACAGAAAAGUACAAAAUUCAACUUUAUCGGGAAAGUUUGGUGACCCCAGGGUUUGCAAAGUCUUGAAAAGUCCUUAAAUUGCUAUGCCAGUCCUUGAAAAGUUCUUGAAUUUUCUUCAACUUUGAAUGUAGUAGCCUGGAAAGUGUUUUUUUCAUGCUUUUUGGUUGUCCAAGACAGAAUAUGAAUCAUAGCUCAGAGAAUUUAAAGGUUGUUUACACAAAGUGCUCAAUGUUUUAUGCAGUAAUUAACUAUCAAUUCCAGACAAAUGAACUGAAAAAUAUAGAGAAGUUGGUGAAGCAAACAGUUCAAGCCUUGAAGUCCUGUUAGAAUAGACUGGGAAUGUGCGUUUUUGUACAAUCUGUGAAAUUAUAUUCCUAGUAGGUGGUCCUUGAAAAUCUAAUGUGGUCCUUGAAAAAUGGUUGCAGUUUUUUGUAUGAACCGUGGACCCAUAUGGGAGUGGAACAUCUGGGCUCUUUACAGGAGAAUCCUGGUUAAUCUGGGAGAGUUGGCGUAUAAUGUAUUAAGUUAUCAUCAAAUAACAACAUACUCAUUGAGAAUGAGGUACAUUUUUGUGCCCAUGUAAAAAGGCUGCUGUUAUUCUUACAGGGUGCAGAACGAAAGAACAAAGAUGAGUCAAAAAGUGCAGAAAAGAGAAUUCAGAAAUGGGUGAAACAAAAUACAUCUGCUUGUGCUGGUGAGUGUUUAUCUGAGAGUUUUUUUCCCAUACCAAUGCUUGAUGGAGCUGUAACCAAUGCUUCACUGGUUAGCAUCUUUGUUUUUAAUUGUGGUGUGUUUUACAUGUAAGUGUUUAGUUGUGUCAUCCUGCAUUUUAAGGAAUUGCAGUUGUAGAACACUUGUUGCCACUUUAUUAACUCUGUUUCAAAAGUUCCUUCUUUAUAAUAAUUGAAUGAUUUCUUUUCAGAUCCCAACAUGGUUUCACCUACAACUCUGUUUCAUCCUCCAAGUAAAUACACCCAGCUUCAGACAACAACCCCAUUAGGACCCAAGCCAGUUCUGUUUACACCAGCUGUACACAAUGUGCAUGUGAGUAAAUUUACAGAAUACUACACUGUAGAUCUAGACAUUUGACAUUUGAUCAUUGCACUGAAAACCUUAGGCAGAUGAUGCACAGGAAAUUAUACAAAAGUGAUUAUGACACACUCAGAUUUAAUGAUCAGUGAGAUCCAUGUCAGAGCAACAAAUUGAUCACCAAAACUUAGUUAUAAUCCUUCCUACAUGCUUUCGCAUAAAUUCUCAUUCACAUUUUAUUGCCUUUGCUAAAUAGGCCUAGGUAUUUGUGCCAGGUUUUAGCUGACAAUACUGUGAAAUGAUCUAUAAUGUGUAAAAAUUAUAUGAAAUGCAUUCAAAAUGUGAAAUGGAGUGGAGAAGUGACAAGUGUAACAGGACAUCAACAGGAUUCAUACCUAUGAUCAUUGUAUUAGUAAUAUUACUUUUAAUCCCAAGAGUUUGAAUCAGUUUACCUGAAGUACUGAUUUCCAAUUAUUUAUGUCUUCACCUUCUCACUCAUCGCCUUUUCCUCUUUGCUUACAGGGAGGAUUUGAAGAAUCUUCUCUGCAGACUUUGUCCCUUUUGGCAUCAAUUAAGUAAGUAUUUUCUUGUGAAUGUGAAUAGCUUUUGAGUUACUUAUGAACAAUAACAUUGCUUAGUAUGUCAAUUACCAGAGUUGUGACUUUGUCCUUUUGCCUACUUUAGGGAUCGAGAAAAUAAAAGGACACUGCAAUCACAUCUUGUCAUGGCAAAGGUAUUUUGAGAACUUGUUUUCAUGCCUCCUCCUACAAGUAGUAUUCUAUGAUAUUUUGAAAUUUUCUUAAUAUGCCUGUUGGUUCCCUUCAUCUCGCAGGAUGAGCUUGCUGAUUUAGAGGUUGUUCCCAGGGUAAAAGUUCAGAAAAUCCACAGACCCAAUAGACCAGGUUAGAGACAAAAUAUUUCUUCUGCCAAAGUGUUUCACAUCUCUCAGGAAAAAUGCAUUUAGAAAAAAACAGGGUGCAAAGAAAGUCAAAUGCAAUGUGACACUUGUUUCUGCAGUUGUCACUUCUGUCAGAUCAACUUGCAAAACAGCUUUCAGUCCACGUGAAAUUAUUAGGAAUGUCAAUUUGUCUGACAGUUCUUAAUGUGUAAUUUUAAUUUCCAAGAAAACUUACUGGCCGGUGGGUGGAAUUUACUAGACUGGUUGUAAAAUACACUAGAGUUGGGCUAUCGGGCAUGACUUUCUUUCAUGCGGAAUAACCAUCCAUAUUAAAAUCCCAGUAGCACUGGACAUCCUGGUACUAGAAAUCUAACUGUGGUGUUUCCUUCCUUCCACAGCUGUUACCAUCUAUGUGAAGAAAGAAGAAGAAAAAGUGUACAAUGCAUUGAUGCUGGACAGCUUGACAGUCGGCGAUAUGGUUGAGGCAGUAAGUUCUUUUGUCUUAUCAUACCUAAUAUUCACCGGAAACAUCAGUAAAUAUUCAUGCUUGUCCUUUCUUUUAGCCUCUUAUCUGCAUUUUAAUCUUCUGAGUGAUCGUUGUUAGAGCUGAGUAAGAACAUUUUCAAAAUUUAUUUUCUUUGUAGGUUGCUAGUAAAUAUGGCAUGCCACCUGAAAUGAUCAAGAAUGUGUACAAAAAGACAAAGAAGGGGUAAGCUAUUAAGCAGUGAUGUCAAUGCACAGUUUCUAUAUUGUUCCCCAUAAAUUUCUUUUGACCCUUGUUUGGAGAACUUGCAUACAUGUAUGCUUAUAUAAUACAGUCAUUGUAAAAAGUACAAAAUGUAGUUUUAUCCACUGAAAUGUCAGUUGAAUUUUAAUUAUGCCUUUAAAAACAUUGAAAAGCUGACGUUUUGAGCUUGGGUUUGGUUGCAAAUUUUUGCGUUUCAGUCACUCCCCCAUUAACACAGCACCUAUUUUGAUCUGUAUCUCUUAAUGAAAAAGGGACAUUUCUACCAUUUACUAGUAUAGGGGGGGAAGGAGGGCCCGGAGCAUUUGGAAAUAUGGUUUUGACCCAUCCCUCGCACAAAAAUGAUACCCACCCCUCAAGGUUGGAAAUGCAUGACCCACCCCCUAAAAACAUGGACAUAAUAAUCCAAUAAAACCUUGUUCUGUGCUUUACAAAAUUUGUUGAUACACUUUUUAUCAAAAUCACAGAAAUCAUACCUUUCACUAAAAAGACAAAUCGAACAGUACGUGAGUCUUGAUCAAAUUUAUAGUUUAUCUGUCACAAAGCAUAUGAAAAUUUCAACAAAGACAACCCAUUCCUACACAUUACUUGCCGGAAAUGCUUAGAUUAAUCCUCAACGAAAAUUUCUUCCACUUGAGUGGAAAGCAAUACCUACAAAACCAUGGAACUGCAAUGGGUACAAAGACAGUAGUUUGGAUUCUUUUGCCAAUAUUUUCAUGACAUAUAUUGAAACAACAACUCUAAGCAAAACUGUCUUUAGAACAACAGUUUGGAAAUGCCACACACGAUAUCUUUGCCCUAUGGGACAUGAGUAAACCAGACAUCGAAGCCUUCAUUGAACAAGCAACCUUACAUCACCUAACUAUUGAAUUCACGGCGAAACAUUUGACACUGAGACUGCGUUUUUUAGACACUGUUGUAUACAAAGGCACAAGAUUCAAGGAAAAAUCUAUCCUUGAUGCAAAGACACAUUUUAAACAAACGGAAAGCUUCUUGCACACACAUUUCACCUCGUGUCACCCUCCAAAUGUUAAAAAAAGAAUUUGUCAAAGGAGAAGCCUGAAGAAUCCUACUGAAAAAACUCCUCAGAAACAACCUUUGAGGAAAAUAAUUCAAAUUUUUGACGGACGGAGGCUACCCACAAUCUUUCAGGGGCACCCAACGUCAAUUUUCGGAAAAUAUUUGUUCGAAAGACGAUUUGAGAUCUAGAAUUUUCGGUACAUUUGUUGUAAAAUUUCUUGCUUGUCUGCCCCUCCUAGGAUUUUCAAACAUCUAAAAAAAUGGUAUAAUUGCCCAUUUUUAACGGAUUUUUACCCUAAGGUCACCUAGAAUUUUCGGGAGCCUUUUUUCUGGCUGAAAUUUUCGAAUAGUUAAGUUUUGAUCCCUAUAAUUUUCGUAUCACUAGACUUUCAGCUAGGAGAUCCGAACAGAUGAAAAAUUUUUAGGGGAUAAAAAUAUGCCUAUAUCUACUCUUUAAAUACUAAAAUAUGUUUAACAAUGCUAUGUUUAAGUGGUUUUGAACCAUAUUCUCGUUGGGUGCCCCCUAUCUUUGAUAGAAAACCUACUAUCAGAAAUAAAAUUCACAAACGGGAGUCUAAACUUGUAAAACAAAACAACAAGGAGAAAAAAGAAAUAUUGCCAUUUGUGACACAAUACCAGCCCUCAGUGUAGAUACUAUAAAGGAAGCUUGAAUGAAAAAAUGGAAUCUUAUACAAAACCAACUAUACCUUCAAUAAAUUUUAAAAGAACCCCCAAUCAUUUCGUUACAAAAAAGGAAAAUUGUUUACGGAACAUGCUCGUUAGAGCCGAAAAAAAAAAAAGGUUGACAGAGGGUUCCACGCCCGUAUAGAUGUGCGGCCUGUCAACCUUUGUAUUUUCUCGCACAAAAGGGUUGUGAGUAUUUUAGCAAUAACUCCAGCUGGCUGUGUUUUAUACAACAAGUGUAGUCAACUUUCUCGGUAGUAGUUAGUAAAAAAUAGGGUGACCCACCCCCUGAGGGUAGCUGAAAAUUGCACGACCCACCCCUUGCACAAGGCUCAAAACCUCAUGACCCACCCCUCUCUGCUCUGGCCCACCCCCUAUACUUUUUGACCAGUCCCUUAUUAUCUGAGCUAGAAAGAAAAUAAGAAAAGAAUAAAAAUGCAUUUGUGUUUGAAAUAUUUACCUUGGUUUUUUCCCUUUCUUUCAGUAUCCUUGUGAACAUGGAUGAUCGAAUGAUUGAACAGUUUGUCGACGAAGAUGAUUUCAUCAUAAACUUGGAUUUUGACAAUCAGCUUGGGCAUUUUGAGUUAACUCUUCAGUAUUGAAAUCACCCCAUACCAUCAAAGGCCAAAAACUAUAUUAUAUAUAAAUAUUUUUCCUUUGCUCCGACAUCCUUAAUGUAUUCUUUCUUUCAAUUAUUAAGCUUAACAUAUGUGAAGUGAAAGUAUAACAUGUAGGGUUAUUACCGGUACGUUAUUAUUUAAUAUCUUCUUGGCAUAUGGGAACCUGUAAAACCUCACUUCUUCAAGUUAACCCUUUUACAAGCAUACAGGAAAAAUGCUUGAUUUCUCUUUUGUAAAGUAUUGAAAGACAGAUAGUGUCAAAGUACUGCUGAAGAAGUCUCAUUUGAAUUGUCACACCAUAGAAAAUUAGUCCACAAACAUAAAGUUAGAACCACAUACAAAACAAAAGAACCUUGUAAAAGUACUGUUACAUUAUAUGGUUUUAUCAGACUGGGCUCAUGAUAGGGAUUAAGUCCAGAGUCAAAUGUUAUAGCGACAGUAUGUACAAAACAAAUAAUUAAUAGUAUCAUGUUAAAGUACAGCUAAAGAUGUUUCAUUUGAAUAGCUACACUGUAGGAUGUCAUCUACAGACUCAAAAGUUAGAACAACUUACAAAGCAGACAGUGCUAUGUGAAAGUACUGCCGAAGGUUCUAUUUUAAAAAAGGCCACAUGACAGGAUUUCAUCCUCAAACUCAAAAGUUACACAAAAAUGGAUGUAACC